CUAAAUCAAGUCUCACCCAGCAUCCUCUUAUCUCCUUCAUAAGAUCAGUUAGUGUCUUAUCCAUCAGGAUGGAGGAGAAGAUGAGGGGGGAGAACAUUGAGGAGGUGAUUAUGCUGGAGGCUCAGAUCACGAGUCUCCAAGCUGAAGUUAAGGUGUUGCAGCUUCAACAGCAGGACAACCACAAGAACAUGACGAUACAGUUCAGGGACAAAUGCAAGGAUGCACUGUCAUAUAUAUGCGGAAAGAGACAAAAAGGAGGGAAGGAAGAGGUGCUGUCCAAGCUGAAAGAGGAGGUGGAGGAACUGGAGGAGGAUCUGCAGCGACAGUCACAGAUGAAUGGCAUCAGUCUGAACAGCUGCACCAUAAAGACUCUACAAAGCAGUGACAAUCAGUUGGUCCAGGAGCUCUCUGUGUCAGGUCACUGCUCUGAGCUGGUCUUCCAGGUGGAGUUUCAACUCUCCGAGGUCAAGGAAGGUCAGAGAUCUGAGAGGACGAUCAGCAGUCUGAAUGUAGUGAUGGAUGCCAACGACCUGCAGAACUUCAGCAGCUUUCUUUCUGAGGUGGAGGAGAGAAAGGAUCUUCUGCUGUUCUUCAGGACUCUAAGGGCUUACUCAGACAGAUGUGACGACCGAUGCCGAACCUUCCAGCACUUCCAGGACAAGUAUCCAUCUGUCGUCUCUCUCCCUGGAGGCAGCAGGUCAGAGGUCAUGACCCUGAAUCAUUCCGAGCUGCCUGGCUGCGUCUUACUGGUUAACUGGUCAGUGGAGGUUUCCAGAGAAGGCGGAGUGGCUCCAAAGAUCGACCUGCUGACAAAGAUCCCCGAGACAGCGCUGCAGAUGUUUCCCUCUCAGGCUGUAGGUGGCGCCGCUGAGUCCUUUCAGAGCCUGCUGAGGAUUUUGGGACCUGAAGCCGCCAUGGAGUCCAUGAUCAGAGCCGUCAGCCUCUCACAGGACACAUAACUCACAUCUUUUUAUAUUAAACAUCAUGUAACGUCACAUAUGAGCAGUCUUUAUUCUUUCAGAUGAAAUAAGACAACACAGAGCGAUGGUUUUUAGUCUCUUAGAAAUCCUUUAUUCAAUAGAAAGAGCCCGACUGUGACGGCUGUAACAGCAGAGCUCAUUGGUCAAAAUCUACAAAAAUAAAUAAUUUAAAUACAAAAUGCCAGACAGCAGUGUCGCCUUUGUAUUUUCAAAUAGUUUUUCUUCUCUUAACUAUUUACACACACGCAGUUAUUAGAAGUCUGUAGGUAUCACAGUGAUGUGAUGUUUCUGCAGGUCGACGCUCGGGCGGCAGGCAGAGGCUCCAGCUUCACCCGUCUGAGCGUUCGCUGUGAGGAGUCAGAGGUCUGGACGAACUCAGCUCUGAUUGGCUGAAGAGAACAAAGAGGGUAGAUCGUUCUAUCGUGAUCGCAAAAAAGGUGUUUCCGUAAGAUUUAACAAAAGAUUUAUCUGUUUGUGCCUCUUUAGUACAGAAUUAUUUUUAUUUUAAACUCUGACGAUCUUUAAAAAUCCUACACGGUCAUUUAGAAUUUACAUAAAACAUUAAAAUAUAUUCCGUCUGCUUCACCAUUUUUAAGAUUUUUAACCCUUUUCCCAACUGGCAGCUUUUAUUUCUGAAACGACACAAAGAUAAAAGCUGGAAAUGAGCCUUUAAGAAACUUAAACAAGCUAUAAUGUUGAUAUUGACAAAACAAAAUCUCAACUCAAGGUCCACUUACUCACUUUUAUCUGAAGCUUUCAACCAUUUCACAGCAGAUGUUCAAACCUAAAAUGAUUCUGAGCACCUCAAGGACUUUUAAUCCUUGUUGAGUUAAAUUCUUGAGUGUCGAAACAGCAGCUAGAACAAAAUCGACACUCAAGAUGACACUUACUCAUGUUGGAACUUUUGAUAGUAUGACACAGUCUUCUUCAGCAGCUCCUAGAGAGUCCUCGAGUUUGAACAUCUAUAUUUUAAAAAGGAGACUAGUGUAGACAGCUGAAAGUGUCUGAACAAGCAAGUAAGUGGACCUUGAGUGGAGAUUUUAUUAAGAAAAGUAAAUUUACUUUUAAUAACUUAUAUUAAUGUUAUUCAUCAUCAUUAAUUACACAUGUAUGUAAAGGAGUUUCCGGUUUCCUUGAUUGGGAAUCAGAACUUGGAAAAACGGUGCAGCAGACGUAAUAUUUAAUGUUUUAGGAUGCUAAAUAACUUCAGAGCUGAAGGUUGUUAAACGACUUUCUGGGUUUAUAAAAGCUCAUCAGGGAUUUAACUGAUGCUUACGUCGCCUUCGUGUCAUGUGGGAGUUAAUGUAACAAUUUAUUUUAUUAUAGACACAAUAACGUUUAAACCUGAAAAAAAAGGUUUGAGUUUGAAAUGUUGUCGUGUCCAUGUAGAGAGAAGGUUAAAAAAGAAAAGGUUAAACUGUGGAUGAAAGCGAUGUGAAAGUAUUUAUAAGAAGUUUGGAUUACAGCAGAGAAGUUUCUAAAAGCUCUGUUAAAUAUAUCGGAUUAAAUAACGAUGUGUAUCUAAAAAAAAAAAAGCAAAUAAAUACAGAAGCUUCACAUCAUUAAAGUAGCUGAAUGUUCAGUUAUAGUGUUGUAUUAACGCUCGCUGUUAAAUAUCCGACAACCAGCUGACUCCUGAUGACGUCAUCUCAAACAUCGAGCGACUUCACAUGACGUUAACGCAGGAUUAGCUCCGAAAUUUAAAUUUAACAAGAUAUGAGACACAAAAUCUGACUGUUUUCUCAUCAGCUGAAGGAUGAAUGGAUUUCUUUACCGAUUAACUUUUAAUCUAAUAUCUUUGCAAAAAUUAAUCCAACUUAAGUAUUUUUAAACAUCUAGCCGUUAGUUUAAAGCGUCCAGACCUCCGUUAUCUCUCAGUCAAACUCCCAUCAGCCCCUCGCUGCCUCGUCCCGCCGCCUGCAGCGUCUUCAGUUCAACAGUUAGAACGAUCAGUGGUUGGUUCAGUUCGCUGCGGUCCACUCCGCAACCUUUAAACGCUGCUCCGUCUCCCAGGCAACCAGGUGACGCCAAAAAAGGUGGCCAGCUUAGAUGUCAGUUGAAAAAUUCAAAAAAGAGCGUUUGGAGUCGGAGUGACGAUUUUAAACCUUUUUAGCGUUUAGAUUUAUCAACUUUAAAACUGCUGGCCGUGACGAGUGAUUGGCUGCUGCGACGCUGAUGUCACAGUAUCGUCACAGUGAUGUCACCGGGAGAUCGGAGCGGAAGCGUGACUGGGGGUUUCCAGCCUCCGAGGUUUUUCAGUCUUGUAGUGUGAUUUUAGUUUCCAGACGUUUUAAAGUCUUGGCUGACGGAGGCCGCGGAGGGUUGGAGAGUGGACGGAGGAACUGAAGUCAAGUGUUACCAGUUUUUAUCUGACGCCUCCGAGGUGAGGGGGGGGGGGUUUCUGAGGGUGAUGACAUCACCAGGACAGGACGCCGCAAAACAACAUCUGGACCCCGAACAGCCCUGAACAUCUGCUGAAGGUGACGUCAACGCCCUCGGAAACAUCUCGGCGCUCCCCGACCACAAAGUUACAGAUUCAAACAUCAGACGACCGACCCCCCCCCUCCCCUCCCCUCCCCUCCUCCCCUCUCCCCCGCUGAGCUUUGGGUCGGGUCUUCAGGGGUUCGAGGUAUCGAGAGUUCACGGCAGCGUCCACAGCGGCUCCGAAACUGAUCUGACAUCAGCUGUGAACGCGGCCUGUAACAGAGUGAGUUUUUUUUGUUUGUUUUUUACUUCAACACACGCACACACACGCACACACACUCCGACCUCCUCCAGUCCUACCAGCACACAUUUAGGCAUUGUGGACACACACACAAACACACACACACCAAGCCACUUAUGGCACAACAAACCAGCGGAGCAGCAGCAGCGUGAAAGCUCAGCCCUGUUACCCAGCAGCCUUUGCUCGCUCUGAUGCGGGUCAGACUGGACGACGCUGACCUCUAACCUCUAAAGUUGAGGAGACAGACGGCGUCCCUGUUCUGUUAGUCAUUUCAACUCUGUUAUU